CGAACCGACACAACAAACAGAGAAAGACAGAUUCCGAGAUUCGGACAUUUAGUAGACGAACGGACAGACGGUCGAUCGGUCGAUAGGUCGGUCGAUCAAUCGAACGGACGGACAAACGGUCGAACGGCACACGGAGAUACACGCACGCACACGUGUAUCUUACGGUUCGAGACCGCGUUCGAAUCUUCUUCUGUCUCUUUUGAAUCGCGCUUGGUGAAAGAAAGGAAAGAUUUAAGAAGAAGACAAAGUCGAAGAAACAGUUCGGGAAAUUCAUCGGUGGAGCGAGCGGAGUUAACUUGGAAGGCGCUGCGAAGAGAGAAGGAAAUAAAGAAGGAACGACGAACGAAGAAGGAGGAAGGAAGAAGAAUAAGGAAUAAAACAAGAGAAUCUCGGCUAACCGACUCCUUGCUCCGAUAUACAUACGUAAUAGAGUAAGAAGAAACAAAACAGCAAAAAAAAGAGAGAGAGAAACGCACGGGGCAACAAGAAAAAAGAAGAGUCUUUCUUUCGAUAUAAAUACGAUAUAUAUAUAUACACACACAUACACGCAUAUAUAUAUAUAUAUAAAAAUAACAAUUUCAGGAGAGGAUCGAAAAUCAUCCGGGGGAAUAUUCGUUCGGAAAGAAAUCCAUCGUCGAAUCGUUAAAACGCGUCGGCUUCUUUAACAUACUUCCUCUUUCGCAUUUCGUAUUUGCAGUGUACAGAAGAUAAAGAAAAAAAGAAAAAAAAAGAAAGAAAAUAAAAAGACAGAGAGAGAGAGAGAGAGAGAAUUUUAGACGACAACGUGUGGAAUAUUAGACGUGCGGGGACGGCAAUACGCGAGAUCGGCCCUAAAUCGCGAGAGGAGAAAAUCGUGCGUAUCGGAGAAGAGAGCAAAAGAAAGAGACAGAGCAGCUAGAAGAAGAAGAAGAAGAAGAAGAAGAAAAAGAAAAAGAAAAAGAAAAAGGAAAAGAAGAAACAGAAGGAGGAGAAGGAGAAAGAGGAAAGGAGAAAAAAAAAGAAGAAAGAUAGAGAAGCUCGAAGCAGCGAGGGAAGGAGUAGGAGAGAAGCGAGAGCGAGAGAGAGAGAGAGAGAGAGAAAGAAAGAAAGAGAGAGAAAGAUAGAUAGAGAUAGAUAGAGAAAGAGAGAAAGAGAGAGAGAGAUAAGAGUAGCAGACGCACGAAGUUAGCGCGCCCUCGCGUCGGUUUUCUCGCCGUUUAUCCGAAAUACGAAUAUCGUGGUGUCCGGCAAUAUUCGUUGUCGUUGUCGUUGUCGUCGUUGUCGUCGUCGUCGUCGUUGUCGUUCGCGAGUUUUUCAUCUUAAUACGUGGCCGAGUCUUCUUCUCCUUCUUCGCUUCGUGAAAAGAAAAAAGAAAAAAGAAAAGAAGAGUAAAGAGAGAGAAACAGAGAGAGAGAGAGAGAGAGAGAGAGAGAGAGAGAGAAAAGCAAGCGAAGAAAUAAAAAAGCGUAUCCAGGCCCGGCUUCGUCUCCGUGUCCUCCUACGCUUUCACGCGUCGUAGUUGUCGUUGAUCGUCAUCGUCGUUGAUCGUCGUCGUUGAUCGUCGUCGUUCAUCGUCGUCGUUGAUCGUCGUCGUCGUCGUCGUCGAUCUGUUGUCCGCGCGCCGCCUAUCGCGAAAUUCGUGCUCCUCCUCUCCUCGAUCACGAUAAUUCACGAACUCGUCGUUCUCUCCUCGUCAUCUCAUCGUCGUCAUCGUCGCCGUCAUCUUCGUCAUCGUCAACGUCCUCGUAUAUCGUACACAUACCGUUCUUGUCUCGUUGUCGACGUUACGUCUCACGACGAUCCGAUUUCUCCACGUUCACGAGGAUAAUUCUCUCUUUUUUUUUUUAACCAUCAACGUAAUUGAUCAUAUAUAUAUAUAUACACAUAUAUAUAUAUAUAGGCGUAUCGUACGAAAAUCGAUCGUACGUGUAUAAUACGCGAUCGAGAAACGAGAGAAGAAAGAAUUACUAGUACGUUGAUAAUUAUCGGAAUUCGGAAAUUAAGUUCGAUCGUCGGGAGUUCGGGCCUUCGUUAAAAGUUUUCGAAGGCAGCUAGCUACUACAGAGAAGAGCAAGAGGAAGAAGUAGAAAAAAGGAAGAAAGAAGAAGGAAAAAAGAAAGGAACAAAAUCAUGUCGAAACUCUACGUCGGCAAUCUAUCCUCGGAAUGCAACGAGAACGCCUUAAGGCAAUUGUUCCAGGAUCACAAUUUAUCCUGCACGACGAUCCUGGUUAAGCGUGGUGGUUACGCUUUCGUCGACUGCGCCGACCAAUCCACCGCCGAUCGUGCGAUCGACAAACUUAACGGUUAUACCUUCCUAGGAUCGUCACUCGUGGUGGAGCCAUCUGUGGCCAGCGGUGCGAAGAAACGGGGUAGCGUCACCGCCGCCCUACCAGAAUCCUCGCUCGACCAGGUCGGCAACGGAUGGCGCAGCGGUGCCGGUGCUAAAGUCCUAGUAAGCAACCUCCCAGCAAAUGUCAGAUUGGACGAAUUGGAACUACUUCUGUUGAAUUACGGACAGGUCCAAAACGUAGAAAAGGUGUCCUCGCGCGAUCCUAAUACACUGUCCUACCUCGUCAGCUAUGAGACGCUAGAACAGGCACAGCAGGCUGUGAACCAAUUUAAUGGCUAUGAAUACGAGGGUAACUCGUUAAAGGUGGAAAUGUCUUCGGCGGAAAGCCGACGAAGAGGCCGCAGCCAACGCGGCGGCGUUGCAUUUUCCGGUCUUCCGGGAUCCGGUCGACAAACGGACUUCCCUCUUCGUAUUUUAGUACAAUCGGACAUGGUCGGCGCUAUAAUCGGUCGACAGGGUUCAACGAUACGUCAUAUCACUCAGAUGACGCGGGCUAGGGUCGACGUACACCGUAAGGAUAAUGUCGGGUCUGUCGAAAAGGCAAUAACUAUUUAUGGCAAUCCAGAAAAUUGUACGAACGCAUGCAAGAAGAUCUUAGAAGUUAUGCAACAGGAGGCAAUGAACACGAACAAGGGAGAGAUUAUCCUAAAGAUUUUGGCACAUAAUAACCUUAUCGGACGUAUCAUCGGUAAAGGUGGUAACACGAUCAAGAGGAUCAUGCAGGACACCGACACUAAGAUAACAGUUAGCAGCAUCAACGAUAUCAAUAGUUUUAAUCUCGAGCGCAUUAUCACGGUUAAGGGUACCAUUGAAAACAUGAGCAAAGCCGAAUCCAUGAUCUCGAGCAAAUUACGUCAGAGCUACGAAAACGACUUGCAGGCCAUGGCGCCUCAAAGCAUGAUGUUCCCUGGAUUACAUCCAAUGGCUAUGAUGUCCACCGCUGGCAUGGGAUAUAGCUCGCGUGGAACAGCCCUUUACGGCUCCGGUCCCGCCCCAUAUCCCUACCAAGGUAGCUUGCCGACCCAGGGCGUACCCGCUGGUGAUACACAGGAGACGACCUUCCUCUACAUUCCUAAUAGUAGCGUCGGUGCUAUUAUUGGUACUAAGGGCUCUCAUAUAAGAAAUAUCAUAAGGUUUUCCGGUGCCAGCGUUAAAAUAGCACCGCUCGAACAAGACAAACCUGCGGAGCAACAAACCGAAAGGAAAGUCACCAUUGUCGGUUCGCCGGAAUCUCAAUGGAAGGCCCAGUACUUGAUCUUUGAAAAGAUGCGCGAGGAGGGCUUCGUUGCUGGUACCGAAGACGUUAGAUUGACGAUAGAAAUCUUAGUACCAAGCGCUCAGGUAGGCCGAAUCAUCGGUAAAGGCGGUCAGAACGUUAGGGAGCUUCAGCGUGCAACUGGAAGCGUCAUCAAGCUAUCGGAACAACAAGCCACGCCUCCCUCGGCCGACGAAGAAACCACCGUCCAUAUCAUUGGGCCUUUCUUCUCCGUUCAGUCUGCCCAAAGGAGAAUUCGUUCUAUGGUGUUGCAAUCUGGUGCACCAGGAGGAGCGGGCGGUGUAGGCUCACGCGCUGGUCGUGGUAGCAGCCAAGAAGGUGGUUCCCGUUCCCGAAGAGACGGUAGUGCCACGUCCCAACAAGGAGCUGUUGUAUCUCAACCGCAAUCGCAAUCAUCGACUCAACAGCAACAAACGACGUCCUCGCCGUCGAGCCAACAGCAACAACAGCAGCAGCAACAGCCACAACAGCAGCAGCAACAACCAUCGCCACCACAGCAACAACAGCAACAACAGCCGCCACAGCCUUCAUCUCAAAAUCAGUAACCUCGAUGAAAAAAACUAUUUGUUCGAUGUCGCGACCAGCAACGCUUCGUAUAAAAAUCCAUUUUUUUUUGUCGGGGUGGGGUCUCGUCUCUCAUCGAGAGGCUGCAUAAAAACCCCUCUCGCGGAGAUACGUACCCUUCGAGAUGAUGAUCCAUAUAGGGAAAGAGAUAGUAAGACUAAGAGAUUAUGAUAGGGAGAGAGUGAGAGAGUGUGAGAGAGAGAGAGAGAGAGAGAGAGAGAGAGAGAGAAUGAGAGUGAAAGAGAGAGAGAGAGAGAAAGAGAGAGAGACUGGUAAUAAAAGAUGUAGCGAUGAAGACAGAGCGAUGGAGUGAGCGUGGGAGAGAUAGAGAGAGAGAGAGGGUGAGAGAGAGCGAGAGAGAGGGUGAGAGAGAGAGAGAGAGAGAGAGAGAGAGAGAUAGAGAGAGAGAGAGAGGGUGAGAGAAAGAGAGAGUGAGAGAUCGAGAGAGAGAAUGAGAGAUCGAGAGAGAGAAAGAGAGAGAGAGUGAGAGUAAGAGAGAGUGAGAGAGAAAGAGAGAGAGAGAGAGUGAGAGAGAAAGAGGAGGGGAGUAGUGCGGGCUCUAUAGCGAUGUACAGAGAAAAAGAAUCACGGAAGAUAACGAAUAUUUCUUUCCAAAAUAAACGAUAUUAAAUUGAACUGAAUUAAAAAAAUAAAAAAAAUAUAAAAAAAAACAAAAAACAUUUAAAAAAAGAAAAAAAAAAUAAAAAAAAACCCACAGAAAACAAAAACCGAAAUAUCAUUCCGCAGAAACCAAUAAGAGUACUUUUAACCCUGUCGUUUUCGAUACCGUUUUUUUUUUUUCUUUUUUUUCCUCCUCUCCUUAUUAUUCUUAUUACUAUUAUUACUACUAUUACUAUUAUUAUUAUUAUUUUCUUUGUCUUUUUUCCUUCAAUGUAUCAGCGUUAAGAUCAGGUCACGAAUUAUUUAUAAUAGUACAUAUAAUCCUCUCUCUAUUUGCAUCUUCAAUUAUAAAUGAAACUUAGUUGAUCACUCGAUGACUCUUCUUCGAAUUGAUCGAUUAAGAAAGAAAGAGAGAGAGAGAGAGAGAAUGAGAUACGUCCAACGAGUGAGAAAGAGAGAGAAUUAAAUAGUGUGUUUGAUUUAAAAAAAGAAAAUAAAAAAGAAAAGCAAAAAAAAUAUAGAAACUCCGUUAAGUCGUUGCUAGAAUUUUCGUGCCCGAAUAUAUCGAUCGUGGCCUAAAAAUUUUCUUUCUAUUUGUCGAUCCUAUCGUUUCGAUGAUCUUCUCACGCACGUCAAAAUUUUCUCUCUUGGCGUUGAAACAACACGAGAUUGAUGUCUCGUCAGCGUUAACAGUGAUCUUUUUGGUUUCCUUUCGUCAUGGCCGUGUUUUUAGACAAGCAGAAGAAAAAACACAGUAGAAAGUAAGAAAGAAAGAAAAAGAGUGCUUUCGUUAAAAAUUAGCAAUAACAAUUUGAUCAUAUUGUAUAAAUAAUAGACAUUGUUAAUUCGUUAUAUUCCGUCUACUCUGCGCAUCGCGUAAGCCAAUGAAUCCAACCAACCAACCAACCAACCAACCAACCAACCAACCAACCAACCAACCAACCAACCAACCAACCAACCAAGCAAACCAACCAACCAGGUAGCCAACAACUAGUCUUUCCUCCUCCUCUUACUUCUCCUACUCCUCCACAUCUUUCUUCACCUCCACCUCCUCCUUCUCCUCCUCCUCCUCCUUCUCCUCACCAACCCGUCUUCUCUCACUCGGCUCGUUUUAUUCUACGUUUAAAAAUAGCGAUGUGGGUGGCACUCGACUAAUCGAUCAAUCAGGGUUAACGAAACCACCUCGCCGAUGAAAUAGGAUAUGAAUAUGAAAACAAAACAACCUUCUUACCUCAUGAAUUAUGGUUAAAGAUUUAAUAUGAUAAAGAGGUAGUGAAAUGAAGAGAGAGGUAGAAGAGAGUAAAGAAGGAUUGAUUAAUAAUAAACCGAACUUAAUCUAAAGAGAUAAAGAAAGAAAGGAAGGAAGGUAGGAAGGAAGGAUGGAAGAAAGGAAGGAAAGAAUGAAUGAAUGAAGGAAGUAAAGAAGUAAAGGAAAAAGGGUGGGAGGGAGAUAGAAAAAAGGAGGGGGGGGAGAAUAGCAAAGAAAGAAAUGUGAAGGAAGAGAAAGGAUGAAGUAAUGAAGUCUACCUAAUAUUAAAGUUAUAAUAAUAUACGGAGAGAGAGAGAGAGAGCGAAAGAAAGAGCGAGAUAGAGAGAGAGAGAGAGAGAGAGAGAGAGAGAGAGAGAGAGAGAGAGAGAGAGAGAGCGAAAGAGAGAGAGAAAGAGAGAGAGAGAGAAGUUAAGUGAAGAUUACACAUUACGUUAUACCUGUUACUAUUGCUACUACUACUAUUAUUAUUAUUACUGCUACUUACUACUACUACUACUACUACUACUACUACUCUACUACUACUACUACACUACUACUACUACUACUACUACUACUACUACCAUUAUUACUACUACUACUACUACUACUAUUACUACUACUACCGCAAUUAUUGCUUACAAUUUCUACUAAUACUACUGAAAAAAAAGCGGUGUUAUUUUUAUUAUUAUUAUUAUUACUUUUUUUUUUUGUUAAAAAAGGAAAAAGAAAAAAGAAUAAAAAUGGCUAGGCACAGUUUGUUUUACACCAGAUAAUACCCAGAGAGAAAGAGAGAAAGAGCGAGAGAGAAAGAGAAAGAGAGAGAGCGCGAGAGUGAUAGUAAGAAAGAGAAAGGGUGAAAGAGAGAGAGAGAGGGUGAGAGAGAGAGAGAGGAGAGAAACUUGGAAUAAUAACAACAGACUUAUGAAUUAUUGAAAUUGUGAAUCGAACGGACACACACGGGGUGACGUUCUAAUUACCGUUAGACCUAAGCAAAAAAAAAAAGAAAAAAAAAAGAAAAAUCAAAGGGAUGCGCUUCAGGCAGCAGGCGGUGUGUGCCCCCUCCUCGCAACGUCAUACCAAAGAAGCGAUUACGAGUUGUUUUCUUUUUUUUUUUCUCUCUUCUUCUUUUUUUGUUUUGUGUUUCGUUUAAUUAGUGAUGUGAAUAAAUAAUAUGCGUGACGCGCGUCGAGUAGUACGCUUUAAACUCGCCUCAAGUUCCUUUCGUGAGUAAAAAAAAAAAAAAAGACAGUGAGAGAAUGAAAGAGAGAGAGAGAAUGAUGAUAAUGAUAAUGAUAAUGAUAAUGAGGAAUGAGGAAUGAGAUGAUUAAGAAUGAGAAUAAGAAAAAGAGUGAGGGUGGGAGGGGCCGGAUUAGAGUGAUUAAAAAACGGGUCUGUGGAUAAGGAAAACAAAAUUAUCAUCGACGAACGAUAAUCGAUGUCGAAAGGAACGACACGAAAUAAGAGGAAAGACUGCAAAAAGCCGACGAUGGAUCGAUCUCGUGAACAAAAAAUAUUCACUCUCAAAAAAAAAAGAAAAGGAAAAAAAAAUCAUAACAGUAACAACAACAACAACAAUAAUAAUAAUUACCAGUAAUAAUCGAUAAAAGACACCAAGAGAUAUCCUAAAUGGAUUCUGGGGAAUAAAAAUCAGAAAAUCAUAUUUUUUGCUUCGAAUGAAAUCCCUCGUCGGUGAUAAUGAAAGGAAUGAAGAAUAGCCACGUCGCGGAGGGGGGGACAAGACAUACAUAUAUAUAUAUAGAUUUGAUUACAAAACGGGGAUGGGAAAAAAUGUGAACAAGAAGAAAGGCUAAGCCAGAAAACUUUCAGGGAUUAUUAUUUUAUUAUGAAUGUAAUAGUGUGUGAGUGUGCGUGUGCCGAGUAAUAUUAUUAAUUAAUAAGUAAUUAAUUUUACUGAUUAGGGAAUAUCCGAAAGAUUUUUAUAGGCUUAUCGAAAGAAAGAGAGAGAGAGAGAGAGAGAGAGAGAGAGAGAGAAAGAGAGAGAGAGAGAGAGAGAAAGAGAGAGAGAGAAAGUAAGAAAUUAUAAUCUAUAUAUGAAGAUGGGUUGGGUUUAUACGCAACGUGCAUAUAUACGUGUACAUAUAUAUAUUUUUAUAUAUAUGUGUGUAUAUGUAUCCUCGCGUCGUUAUUAUUCGAGUAAUGAAAAAAAUAGCGUAGAAAAUGAUAACGAGAAACGAGACGCGCACGAGUGAGCGUUUUUUGUUGCUCGCUGCGCUCUAAGUUUGACGAAAAUACGAGCAUUUACCCACCUAUAUGUAUGUCCACUACAAACAAAAAUAAUCGUCAGCUUGAUGAGAGAUCCUUAACGUUAACGAUUUCUUGAUCGACGAUGGAAAGAGAUACGCCGAUACAAAUCGAUAGACUAAAGUUGUCACGUAAUUAAUAAUUCGAUCAAUUAUAUACUCGUUUUGUUUUUUCGUCUGCAUUUUUUUUUUAUGUUCUUAUUUUUUUCGUAUACCACUGUACGGCGUAAUCUCAGGCGUGUUAAACGGGUCACAUGAAUUUAUUUAUUCAUCUAUUUUUUUUUUAUUUUUUUCCUCUCUUUUUUUUUUAGAUGAAAUAAGAAAGGAAUCGGUAAAGAUAGAGAGAGAGAGAGAGAGAGAGAGAGAGAGAGAGAGAGAGAAAGAAAUCAUCGUUACCAAAAAUCAAGUUCCAUUUUUUAUCUCGAAUCAUUUUUUUUUUUCAUUUUUUUCCUCUCUCAUAAUGUCCAAUCGAGAUGUAUUAUUAUCUGUCGAGAAUUUUGUAAGACCGUUUAACAAAGCGACACGAUAAAUACAAACAUAUAUAUGUAUAUGUAUGUAUAUACAUAUUUUAUUCGUAACGUUAAAAUCUCUUCUACAACGGACGAUGAUUAAAUACGAUUUAAUGACAUGAGAGAAAGAGAGAGAGAGAAAGAGAGAAUGUGAAAGACAGAGGCAAAGAAGAAAGAAAAGUUAAAGAGGAUAAUGAAAAUAUUUUCAAAGACACGUUAUCGUCUCGCUAGCGAGAGAUAAGAGAGGAAUAUAUAAGAUGAUAUUAAUAAUAAUUAAGGAGGACCGACGUUUGACGAAGAAAAAAAAAAGAAAGAAAGAAAGAAAAGGAAAUAAUUUAUAAAGAUCGACAACUAAUGUAUUAAUCGAGAUGGCGAACGAAAAAUAAAAAAGAAAAGAAAAGAACAAACAAAGAACAAAAAGAAAAAGCCAAGAAAGUAACGCGAACGGUGAAGUCUCAAAAUGAGAACAACAAACCGUUUCCGGGGUGUUAUUUCGAAGAUGACCAAAAUGAUACUAAUAACAAGAAAAAAGAAAGAAAGAAAGAAAGAAAAAGAAAAAGUACAUCGUCAUCGUAAUAAUAAUAAUAAUAAUAAUAAUAUAAUAAUAAUAAUAAUAAUGAUAAUAAUGGAUUGACGAAUCGCUCGGCUUUGAUAAAGUAUCGCGAGUAAAAAGGAAAAGAUGGAGAAGAAAGGGGUAUAUAUAUAUAUAUAUAUAUGUAUACACAUACACGUAUCUAUGCAUAUAUACAUGUAUAUAUAGAAAGAGAUAGGACGAGAAGGAUAGGUAAUAAAAGAAGACGAAAGAGUGAAUGAUUUCCUUUCUCUUUCUAAUUUUUUGUAAUUUUUUUUUUUCUUUUUAUCCUUUCUUCUUCAUUAAUCUCUAGCGAUUGAUUUUAUCGAUCGAUCAACAAGUCUCGCGACACUUUCGGCCGAUAGAUAAACAACCAAUUGCGCGUCAGAUCGAGCCUCGAGGUUUGACCCGGUUAAAAAGAGACAGACAGACAGAGAGAGAGAGAGAAAGAGAAAAGGGUUAACCAAGAUCUUGGCGUUAACACGCGCGACGACGACGACGGCGACGGCCAUAUUAUAAAUAUCAAAAAUCAUGAUCUAAAAGAUCGUGUGUUAGUAUGUUUCGAAAGCACACACAAUGGUCGUUGUCGAUCGAUCGAUCGAUCGCAUCACAAUUAAAGUCACGGCAUUCGGUACGGAUAAAGUACAAAGAUAACAGGAUUUUUUUAAAAUUCCGGGGGGGUUGUAUUGAGAAGGGGAGGGGAGAAUAAUUGGUGGGGGGUUAUAUAAAUAAAAAUAAAAAAUAACAAAAAAAAAUAAAUAAAAAAGAAGCGAUUCGAUUUUAAUGGAAAGUAGAUGAACGUGAAAGGUAGGGAGGGUGUGAGGGAGGUAGGGAGGGUUGUAUGAGUACGUUUUGGUGGUAUAUGAAAAGGGUAUAUAUAUAAAAAAAAAGGAUAUGGAAAGAGAAACAUAUUUUACAUAAUAAUUUAUUUUUAUUUUUUUCCAUCUCAAAAAUAUCGACCCGGGUUCGGUGAGCGAGGGAAAGUAAAAAUUUAUUCAGAAGGGAAUGACAAGGGAGCCGGGGGUGAGGGCGAGGUUGGGAGGAGGAGGAGGAGGAGGAAGUGGAUAAUCUGUCGAGAAAAUAAGAGAAGAGAGUGGAGAAGGCCAGAAGAAAUAUGUCCUUACGCUUUCUCGUCUCCCAAACUAAUUUUCUUUGCAUCCCAUGGAUAAAAAGAGAUAGGAUAACAGCUGGGAGAGAGAGAGAGAGAGAGAGAGAGAGAGAAAAGGGUGAGACAGAAAACGGGUCAUCUAAAAUUGAUUAGAACGCGAGUAUCGAAAUAUUUAAUGGAAAAAGGAAAGAAAAGGAUAAAUAGAAAAAGGAUUACGGGUGUUUAUGAGAUGAGAGAGAAAGAGGGUGGUUAAGAAGAAGAAUUGUAAUACGCUAAAACGAAAACAAAAAUUAACAAAAAAGGGAGAGUGAGAGAGAUAGAAAUAGAGAGGGAGGUAGGUAGGGAGAGAGAAAAAAAGAAGUAUAGGUUUAUUUUUGAUACAUUGUUAAGGGAGAUCUAAGUAAAAUCUUUUCUUUUUCCAAUCUUUUUUUUUUUUUGUUUUUUUUCCCCAUUUUCUUUUUCUCCUUUUUUUUUCUUUUUUGUUAGACGUUUUUUUCUUUUUUUAAUAACUUAAUGAAUUUUAAAGAUAUUGAAGAGGGAGAGAGAGAGAGAGCGAGAGAGAGAGAGAGAGGGAGAUAAAAAAAAGAAAGAAAAUGCAAGAGGAGGCGAGGCGGUGUCUUCUUGUUUUAUUUCUUUUUUGUUUUUUUUUUUGUUUUUUGUGAAAGAGUAAUUCAUGAUAAAGAAUGAUGAUUAUUGAUUGAAUAAGAAAAGAAAGAAGCGGAAAAAAAGGAUGAAAAAAAAAAGUAAAUAAAUAAAAGAGGGGACCACACCGUGCACAGCUUUUUGCGCUGUGCGCGCGUACGCCGUCCCUCAUUUAGUACGUGUGUGUUGUGGGGGUUGGGUGGGGUUAAAACGAGGGUGGGGUUGGGUUAUGGGGCGGGGAUAUGGGGGGGGGGGACAUAAAUGAAAAAGUGUUGACAAAGGGGAUUUUAGACGAAUAAAUUGUAUAAUAAUAAUUAAUAUAUUUCGAGGAGAAAGAGAUGGAGACGUUUGCGGCCCGUUAUAAAGGCAAAGAUUUUUUUCGUACUUCGAUGGAGAGCGAAAAGAAAUUUUUGUUCGGGGUGCUCGCAGUUUUAUGCGAACACGAAUUUAAAUAUAUCGUCGUGUUCGACGCUACCGGAGGAGGGGAAGGAGAUCUUUUACCUACGGGCCCACCGUCUCCUUGCGUUAUUUAUUAGCGUAAAUAUUUAAAGAUAGUAAAGAGAGUGAGAUUGAGAGAUAUUAUAUAUAUAGAGAGAGAGAGAGAGAGGGAAAGAGAGAGAGAGAGAGAGAGAGAGAGGAGAGGAAAUAAAUAAAUUAAAGAGAGAAAAAAAAAGAAGGAAAAAACGAGGAUUAAAAAGUGAUUUAUUAAAUAAAUAAAUAAGGAAUGAAGGAAGGAAGAAAAGAAAGAAAGAAAGAAAGAAAGAAUGAAUGAAUGAAACUGAAACUAAAGAACAUAAUUGCAAGAAAGUGCCAAGAAAGUGAAUAGAAGGAAAUAAAAAAAAAAAGUAAAAAGCAUAAAAAAAGAAUACAGGUAUCAUCGGCAGAACGUAAUAUUAUAUAUCACACAACAACAAUAAUCACAAUAAUACGAGCACAUCGAUGAACAGGAAUAUAAAACGGAAAGAAAUUAAAUACACACCCGUAGGAACACAUAACGCGCGCUAUCCCAUGUAACAUUUAAUAUUUGAGGACAGUAGCAAGACAUAAGGAAAAAGAGGAAGAAAAAAAAGAAAAUUAAGAAGAGGAAGAAAACGAAAAAGAUAUAUAUACAUUUUUACUCACUCUCUAUACGCAAAAGCAAAAAAAAAAAAAGAAGGGAAAAAGAUGAGAAGAAAAACCCCGAGAAAAAGUAUUACACAAAAAAGGGAUAUAAUAAACCAGACAGUGGGCUGUAUAUCAACUACAAACGGGCUAUUGCUUGCUGAUCGAACGAGAUACGAACAACGGGGUGAUAAGGGGGGAAGGGUGGAUUAUAGAAAGAAAAGGGAAUGAAAGAGGGAGAAAGAAGGAAAUGAAAUGCGAAGGAAAAAGAGAAAACGAAAAAAAAAAAAUGUAAAAAAAAAUAAAAAAAAAAACAGAAAAACAGAAUAAGAAAAAGCAAGAAAUAUUUUACGCUAUUAUUGUAAGAACAUUCGAACGCUCCUUUUUCACGGAAAUCAACUAGAGAUUAUAAUCAAAAGUAUAGGCUCUCACGUAUAUAAGGAACCUAUCGGCAAUUUAUUCGAAAUUUUCAGUGUCAAGGACUAAAUGAAAGAGUAGUUUUUUGGGGGGAGGGAAGGGUGGGAUAUGGGAGGGGGGAGGGGAGGGUCCACAAGAGAAGAAACUAAGGAAGGAAUAAAAUCGGAGAAAUAUGAAUCGGAAAGGGAAAGAGAGAGAGAGAGAGAGAGAGAGAGAGAGAGAGAGAGAGAGAGAGAGAGAGAGAGACAAGAAAAGUAAAGAACAAAGAAACGAAAUUAAACGCACACAGGCGUAUAUAAUUAUAUAUAAAGGAAUCAUUUUUUAAAAGGAUAAAUAAACAAUGAGAAUGCCACGCAUGCAUCGCUCUUUUCACGAAUUUACGUUGUUCAGAGAUUUAUUAUCAUCAUAAAAAUUCUGCGGACACCAAGGAGAGGAGAUUUGUUUUUUUUCACCCCCUUUAAAAUGCAACAACGGGCGUAUUGUAUAAAACUUCACCUCCCUUUUUCGAAUUUUCUAACGUCUGAACGAUUACGAAUUACGAAUUACGAAUUUACGAAUUUACGAAUUUACGAUUUACGAUUUACGAUUUAUGAUACGUAAAAGCGCGCGCUCAUUCACCUUUCGCUCGUCAAUAAUUGUCCAUCGAGAGAGAUCUAUCAUCGGAUUCUUGAUGAUAGCUUAUACAUUCUUUCAAUUUUUUUUUUUUUUUUUCUUUUGUGGGAGAAAUUUUCAACGAAAGGAAAUAGAGAAAAAAAGAAAGAAAAAGAAUAUUCAUUCGUAUUUAAAAUGGAGAGAGUGAGAGAAAGAGAGACGGAGAAGAAAGGAAGGAAGGAAAAGGAAAAGAGGAAGAAUAAAAAGAAGGGUAUCUCAAAAGAAUUCAUUGAUCGCUCAUCACACAGUUCUCUGAAAGUACACGCGCCGUAUACAAGCACAUACGCACAAAUACAUAUACACAUACAUAUAAAGAGAGAGAAAGAGAGAGCAUUGAGAAACAUUGAUAAUUGAGAAUUAAUUUGACAAACUAUAAAAAAACGAAAGAAAGUAAAUUUGAAGUAAAGUAAAGAAAAAGAGAAAAGAAAAUAUUAAAAAAAAAAAAAAAGGAAACGAAGAAGGAAAAAUAAAGAAAUA